CGCAGUGUAAGCGCUGAGCUACACAGUGUGUGUGUUUGCGUGUGCGUGUGUCUCGCACGGAAUCAUGGGGAACAAAAUGAAAGCGGCCGCUUGGUGAUAACAGGGAUGUGUUUAUGUGUUCGUCACGGCGGUGUUUAUAAACAUGGCGACUUUACUGUGCGGCGCUCUCAGAGUGUCCGGCUGCGCGCGCGCAUACCGCGCUGUGGUCAGGAGCUUUAGUACACGGGAGACGGGGUGGACAUGUCACACACUCACACACAGAGCUCUGAUCCAGAUCCACGGUCAGGACACACACUCCUACCUGCAGGGACUCAUCACUAAUGACAUCAGAGCGCUGGAGGAGAGUGGACACACUGCCCAGUACUCACACCUGCUCAGCGUGCAGGGCAGAACCCUGUAUGACGUCAUCAUCUACAGUCUGAAGGACAGCAGUGACAGGCUGAGCAGUGUCCUCCUCGAGUGUGAUAGCUCCAUCUUAAACUCCAUCACACGUCAUCUGAAGAUGUACAAGAUCCGGCGUAAGGUGUCGCUGGAGGCGUGUCCGGAUCUGUCGCUGUGGGCUUUACUGAGACUGAACACAGAGGGACCAGAACCGGAGCUGAGGAAGGGAGAUGGGGUGGUGGCAAUGGUCCAGGAUCCCAGAACUCCUCUGAUGGGCUGGAGGCUGAUCACCAGGAACCAGGAGAAACCUCCAGAAAUAAUCACUGCCUGUAACCAUGGCAACGCUGAUGAGUAUCAUCGCCAUCGCUACAAAAUUGGUGUGCCCGAGGGUGUGCAGGACCUCCCCCCAGGUGAAGCUCUACCUCUGGAGUCCAACCUUUUGUUCCUGAACGGGAUCAGCUUCUCUAAAGGCUGCUACCUCGGACAGGAGUUGACGGCUCGCACCCACCACACGGGCAUGGUCCGUAAACGCCUCAUGCCCCUCAGCCUCUCCGUACCUGUGGAGAACCUGCCAUUGGGGAGCGCCAUCGAGUCAGCACAGGGGAAAGCGGCGGGGAAACUCAGGUCAGGGGUCGGGAACCUCGGGCUGGGCCUCGUACGGCUCAGUCACGCCAAAGAGACGCUCACGGUGCCGUCCACUCAGGGGGAAAAGGUCACACUCACAGCAUCGCUGCCUGACUGGUGGCCCAAGGACCUGAAGGACAAACUAUAAACAUUUCACUACGAUGAAGGACGGGAACAGAUUCUAUUGUGCCAAAAUAAUAUUUUAUAUCUGUUUUCUUCUGAUAUACAUUUAAAAUGCUGGACUUGGGUUCAGACUCAGAUUUAGGAUCAGGUUUAUAACCAGACUGUUGGGAACGGACCAGACCUGGUUUUGGACUGGACACAUGUUUAGAACUUGACUUGGGCUUGGAUUUAGAACCUUACUCUGGUUUAUGACUCGUUCGGGGACUAGACUGGGUUUAGGACUGGUCUCCAGUUUAGAACCAGACCUGGGCUUCGGACUAGACUGGGAUUAGGACUUGUCUCAGGUUUGUGGCUAUAUCUAUAUUUGAAAGCACCACAUUAAAAAAAUUAAUAAAUUGGAUUGGAAGUGGACUUGAGUUUAGAACCAGAUUCUGAAUUUUAGCUCUGACUUCAGGUUUAGGACUGGACUCAGGGUUUAGAAGAUAUUAACACUUUCAUUAACACAUCCUCAAUCUCACACUACUGAUGAAUAAAG